AUUCGAAACAUAUGAUUAUCACCGUCCCUUUUCUACGUACCUACGUAGCAAGCUGUUGCUUCUCUGUCUGUCUGUCUGUCUGUCUGGGCUGGAUUUUGGAAACAGGCCAGACUGCGUUGCGUUAUUCCUUUGGUAAAUCAUGGAGAUUUUCUCUCUCAUGCCUGUGCUUGCUUGCGGUUGUGUUCUUCCCUUCCCUCGAUCCGUUUCAUGCAGAAAGUCGUACCCUCUUCCCACCACCUCCCUUUACAUACUACCUACAUACAUAUACACGGAUAUUAUAUGUUUGUGUGUGCUGCCUCAGUGGUGUAAAAUAGACGCAUUUUCCCCUUUCGAAAAAGAUUUUUUCUUUAUAUUCCCGCUCCCUGAGGCAUGGGUCGUGUGUGUGGACUUUUCUUUUUUGUCUUUGUCAACGCUCUCACACCCCCCUCCCCACCCUCGCUUCCUCUCACGCACGCCCCCCCACACACACACGCACAAAUACUUUAUACGUAUGACGUCCAUAUGUAUUGUAUUUGUGUACAUUGAAGUGUCUGUAUGACUACGGGAUCAUCUCCUAUUCUAUCUCUCCCCUCCUUGCGUCUCUGAAUACCAUCCCCUCCUUCCUACACGUACCGCACGCGGCGAGUACAGAAGACAGAUACGGUCAUCAGCCAAGUAGACCGGGACCCUGGAGCAUAGCGAAGAGAAUGACCGGGGCGGCUGGUCUAGGGUAUCUGGUGUUUAUCUUCCUGGGAGGUAGCUAGCUUAGGAAAGCUCUCUUUCCAAGACGGGGGAUAUGCUCUGGGAG